AUGAAAGAUAGUGUGACACCGGCACCACCUCCUCUGCAAUAUCCUUAUUAUUCGCCAACAUAUUCGCAUCAUCAUCAAUACGGAUCGCCAGCAUGGCAUCAUCAUGCACUUUCAUCUUCAUCUCAUCAUUAUGAUCUACCGAUAUCAUCUAGAUCACCUUAUCGUUAUACACCUGCAACACAGUAUUAUACUUCACAUAUAAAUGGAAGAUCUCCUCAAUACCAAUCGAAUGGUCAUGCCCAAUAUAUUGAAGAUGAUGAAGAUGCACGAUCAGAAGAUGGUGAUGACUCCGAUUCACCAAAACCAUUUGAUAAGAAAAUGUUUAUUGGCGGUCUUUCAUGGCAAACAACACCUGAAAAUUUAAAAAAUUAUUUUACUCAAUUUGGUGAAGUAUUAGAAUGUAUGAUUAUGAAAGAUGCAAUUACAAAACGAUCAAGAGGUUUUGGUUUCAUCACAUUUAAAGAUGCAAAUUCAGUCGAUAAAGUUCUCGCAAAAGAUGUUCAUACAUUGGAUGAAAAACAGAUCGAUCCAAAACCGGCUUAUCCUCGUCAAAAACAUCCUAAAAUGGUGACACGAACAAAGAAGAUCUUUGUUGGAGGAUUAUCAGCAAAUACAACUGUUGAAGAUGUUAAAAAAUAUUUUGAACAAUAUGGAAAAGUAGAAGAUGCUAUGUUAAUGAUUGAUAAACAAACAGCACGUCAUCGAGGUUUCGGUUUUGUCACUUGGGAAUCUGAAGAUGUUGUUGAUAAAGUAUGUGCCAUUCAUUUUCAUGAAAUCAAUAAUAAAAUGGUUGAAUGUAAAAAAGCACAACCAAAAGAAGUUAUGUAUGCUCAACAAAUGGCUAAAGGAAAAGCAGCUUUACAACGUGGUGCCUAUGGUGAUCUACUUAGUGCUUAUGUAUAUGGUUUAAAUCGAAGUAUUCCAGCUACUUAUGCAGCACCUAUCUAUCCAUUUUCACCUGGCUUACAAUCAGCCCAGAUAAGUUAUAUUCCAGCUACUGUUGGCCUUCAAACGCCAACAUUAACACCGGCUGGUGAACAACGUUAUUUUGAAUAUCCAUUGACACCUCAACAAAUGCCUAAUGGUCAACUUACUCGAGAUUCUUUAUUACAACGAAGUGGUAAUGGUCUUGAUUUUUUUCAAGCAGAUCAACUUGCUGCACAAUAUUUACAACCUACAAGUCCAUCACCUGGUUUACCUAUGACUACCUCACUAUUGACAUCACAUUAUCCCAAUGGAUUUCAUGGUCAUUAA